CUCUCCCUUCCUCUUGCUUGGUGCAAGAGCUCCAGCGUGAGAGAGCUCCAGUUCCAACUGGCCUCCCCACUUUGCUGCUCGAAUGGCGGACUCUUCCCUCAACAACUCCUGGCCCUCCUUCUCCAAGCUCUGGAUGAAGAGAUGGUCCUUCAAGCGAGCAUCUGAGUGCAAGCCGUGUAGUCAGCCCUGUGGGUCUCCCAGUGCACAGCUCGGUGUCCAGCCUCACGGUGGUACAGGCUCCUCCUCCUCCUCCUCCUCACUGUCUCCUGCCUCGGUCACUGAGGAGGUCUUCUUUGGGAGCAUCAAUAAAGAUCAGGAUGCGUGUUCAGUAGUCAGCGACUAUGAUUUCCCCUGUGCCGAGGUGAGAAGCAGUCUGGAGGACUUGCUGGGCCUCGCCAGAGACUCCGAGUACUUAAAAGACCUGGAAGGAGGGAUACCGGCUGCACAGUCGACUUCAUCCACGGUGACCAUAGUCCCGCGGAGCCACACCCCAAGUGUUGGCCUCCAGGUAGCCCUAAACUCAAAGUUAGGUCCUGCUCUCCUCCAACCCAGCCAGACGUCUUUGAGCACACACUCCACUCAGGUCUAUGCAGCAUCUUCCCCCACCUUCUAUAUUCACCCUGCAGUGGAACCCCAUCAAAACUUUGUGGUCAGCCAGCUCAACCCCAAAUUGUUGCCAGGUUGUAUCAUUGACAGCGGCGAUUCCUCAGGCCCCGCCGUGGGGCUCAGCUUGACAUUUAAUCUGAGUGGACUGUUGGGAUCAAUGGAAACCGCCGAAGGCAUAACGGGAUCAGAAGAAGUAAACGAGCAACCCACCAUGGAGUCAGACGGAGAGUCGGACCUGGACAGCUGUCCCAUUCUGGUCAGAUCCAUGUCAACGUCUAGGAGGCACAGCUGGGGUGUCCCCGUGUCCCCCAUCAACCUGGGGAGGAGACUGAGUCUGGAUACCACGGCCAUGGACAGUGAUGGAGAGAGAGAGGAUGAUGAAGAGGGAGAAAAGGGUCUCUUCCAGCCCUCCCUGCCGCAGACCUCCGGCUGCACAGCGUGUCCAGGAGAGAAGACAGAUGGCGCCGGGCCGAUGGUCCCCUGUCCGAGAGCCAGACUCACCAGCAUGGCCGUUGGCGCGCGUAGAAGGCAUCUGUACUCCCGCUCAGAGAUCCUCGCCACAGAUGAAUGUUCCCGUGCUGCGCACAUUUCCCGUGUUGUGCAGACAUCCAAACAGGCCGCAACGGCAGCAGGAGCGGAGGAGUUUGACCCUGAGGAAAACUUACACUCUACUGAAGGACACAGCCAUACGCUGAUGGUACAGAAAGUUCUGCAGGAGCUAAAGCUGUACCAUGGAGCGAAGGAGAGGAACAACCGAUCGGACAGUAAAGUUUCAGGAAAUGUCACUUGGUACGAGUUCCUCUCCCAUGACCCUGAAGAGGAAGGGGAGGAUCGUGCAGAGAAGUUGGAGAAAGGCACCAAGGUGAAGAGGACUCUCAGCUCGCUGAGGAACAGGGUGACUGGCUCCUUCAAUAAAGAUAAGGGUAAGAGCCGAGAAAAAGAGCAGCAGAAAGAGAGGGGGAAGGAGAAGGAGCGGGAGGCUAAAGAAAAAGUGUGUGGCAGUAGCAGCAGAAAUGGGCAUUAUUUGGUGCCGGGGGCUUUCUCCAGCUGUGCCUCCUGCUCACUGUGCAGCAAGACCCUGCAGAGAAAGCAUGGCCUGCAAUGCAUGAAUUGUGCCGUGAACGUUCACAAGAACUGCAAGUCUCUGCUUGGGGAGUGCACCAGCAGCAGGAAUAAGAGAGAUUCUUCGCACCAAUCAGGAUCUCUGAAUCGUGCGUUAAAGGACCGGGAGCGGGAGCAUUCGGGGCAAGCCUCAUCGCAGCCGCUGGAUGGCCACCCAGGAUUUCAUAGCACCCCAGGCAUGACCGUUAGUUUGUGGGGACCAAGCAGCCAAAGCGCCACCGCAGCCUCCGUCCUCGGUCACAGCCUCCGUCACCACAACAGCUCAGGAUUCCUCCCCGGGGAGAUGGAUGAGACGGAUGCUGUCCGCCCCAAACGCUGCAACGAAGACGCCAUCUCCCUCGCUCCCUCCACCACCGAGUCCAUCAUCGUUGAAGAUGCUCACUAUGCAGCAGUGCGGGCCGAUCUGGAGUCCGAUGCCCAGGACCUGGAGGUAGAAUCAUGGAGUUUGGCGGUUGACCAGCAGUACGUUAAGAAGCACUCUAAAGAAACAGUGAAGCGACAGGAUGUGAUUUAUGAGCUCAUGCAGACGGAGAUGCACCAUGUGCGAACUCUGAAGAUAAUGCUGCGCGUGUAUGUCCAAGAGUUGAAGGACAAGCUCCAGAUGGACGCUGGCAAGCUGGACUGUCUGUUCCCCCAGUUGGAAAACCUCCUCGAGCUUCACACACAUUUCCUGUCUCGUCUCAAAGAGAGGCAGCGGGAAAACUUUGUUUCGCCCAACGACAGGAACUACGCCAUCAACAGACUGGCGGACAUUCUGAUUUCUCAGUUCUCCGGGGAGAUCGGAGAAAGGAUGAAAGAGAGCUAUGGGGAUUUCUGCAGUCACCACACCGAGGCUGUCAGCUAUUACAAAGAACAGCUGCACAACAACAAAAAAUUCCAGAACCUCAUACGGAAAAUCAACAACCUCUCCAUUGUGCGGAGGUUAGGAGUGAGCGAGUGUAUUCUGUUGGUGACGCAGCGCAUCACCAAGUACCCCGUACUAGUGGAGCGCAUUCUGCACAACACUGAAGCGGGGACAGACGAGCAUGAGGACCUGACUCGGGCACUGGGUCUGAUUAAAGACACCAUCGUUCAGGUUGACACGCUGGUUAAUCUCCACGAGAAGAACUCUCGACUCCGGGACAUAAACAUCAAGAUGGAGCCAAAGGCACAGGGAAAGAUCAAAGAUGGCCGAGUGUUUCGCAGAGAGGACUUGGCACAGGGCAGGAGACGUUUGCUGCACGAGGGCACCGUCAACUGGAAAGCUGCUUCUGGCAGGCUCAAAGAUAUUCUUGCGGUGCUCCUGUCAGAUGUGUUGCUCCUGCUGCAAGAGAAGGAUCAGAGAUAUGUAUUCGCUGCAGUGGAUAACAAGCCAUCGGUGAUCUCCCUUCAGAAACUGAUUGUCAGGGAAGUGGCCCAUGAGGAGAAAGCCAUGUUUCUCAUCUGCGCCUCCUCCAAUGAGCCAGAGAUGUACGAGAUCCACACCGCCGGCAAGGAGGAGCGGAACACCUGGAUGACACACAUACGGCAAGCUGUUGAGAGCUGUCCUCAUACAGAGGAGAGGCUGUUCAGUGAGGAGGAAGAGGCACGAGCUUCCAGGUUCAAAGAGUUUCAAGAGCGGCUGAGCCAGAAGGAUGCCGUGGUCGUCCAGGCUCUCACUGAGAAGCUGCAGCUGUUUGCCGACAUGGCAGCGUCUGUGGCCGGUCUAGAGGACACAGCUUCUCGUUCCAGACUGCUGCUUCGAGGGGACGCCUCAGACCUCCAGCAGGGAGAGGCUCUGCUCAAAGGAGCUCUCACUGAGGUGGAGAACCUCCAGAACCUGCUGCAGUCCGGAGUGAGGGAGGACUCCCCAACCUCUCGGCUGGACGAGGGCAGCGGUUCCGGGCUCCUGCCCAGGCGAGCAGAUACCUUCGGCGGCUACGACAGCAGCCCCGCCAUCAUCAGCAAGAAUGGCAGCGUGAAGAAGAAGUUUUCUGCCGAGACCAGAAGCCGAGAUCGAAGCCAGAGAGCCAGCUCUGACCCGCAGCUCAAAGACCUGUGUGGCAGCCACGCCCUGGAGCAGACGGUUGAUGAGAGCUGCUGCUCUCCUGCCAGAUGGAACCGCAUCUGGUCCAACUCCUUCCCCGAGGCCGAGUUCUUUGACAGAGUGCUGAUGCUCUCCCAAAGGCUCUAUAGUCUGCAGGCCAUCGUUUCGCAGCAGGACAGCCACAUCGAGCUGCAGCGGGCCUCGUUGACGGAGCGGGCCGCCCUGCCCGGCCGCCACAGAGGGAACGUGCUCCUGGAGCAGGAGAAGCAGCGCACUCUGGCCCUGCAGAGGGAGGAGCUGGCCAGCUUCCACAAGCUGCAGGCUCAGCACCGGCAGGAGCAGCAUCGCUGGGAGAGGGAGAGGGAGAGACACCGGCAACAAGUGGAGGCCACCGAGGCCCGACUCCGACAACGGGAGGAGGAGUGCAGGCGGCUGGAGGAGCAUCUCGCAGAAGAGAGGAGGGAGCUGGAGAGUCAGAGGGAGACGUACCAGCAGGACCUGGAGAGGCUGAGAGAGUCCACCAAAGCUGUGGAGAAAGAAAAGGAACGCCUGGAACACCAGAAGAUCAAGAGGAAGACUAUUGAGGUGGCUUCUUUGUCUGACAGCCUGAACGGGGAGCUGCUCCUGUCCUCGGGCCUCAACACCUUCCCCAGCGUCUCCGACCUGCCCCUCCCUCAGAAGCCCCUGGUGCGGGCCAGCCUCUCGGUCGCACCGGCCGACUACCUGGAGCGCCCCAAGGUGAUGUUGCGGCGGGAGGCCGGCUCCUCCACCCUGCCGGCGAAGGCGGUGCCGACUCAUCUCUUGAGCACCACCAACCAGCAGCACAAGCUGGUGGGGGUGCAGCAGCAGAUCCCCACCAAGUUGGCGGCCGGCGGCGGCAAAGGAAAGGGGGGCAAGAUCGGCAAAGCCUCGCAUCGCACCGACAGCACUGCCUCAGUGGACAUGAAACAGAUGCUGCCUCUGAAGCUGUCUGCCCGAGAUGACAACACCCUGAAGGCCAAGCGUUCCGUCAGCCCCCAGCAGCAGCUCUCGCUGUCGCCCCCCCCGCAGCCUCUUCCCCUGCAUCAUCACGCGGAUCCACUCAGUCCUGCAGACCACGCCGGCCCAGACGCCCAGUCCCCUUCCUCCGUCAGCAUCGCCCACCCUCAAAGUCUCCAGAAGCCUCCCAUGCCUCCCGCGCAGUCCCAUGCUCAGCCGCCCGCACAGCCGCCCCCCACCAUCCCUCCCAACUCGCAGACCAGCGGCUGCCUCCACCUGCAGCCGCGGGGCCUCAGUCCGAACGCCCCGGCCCGCGUCCAGGUAAACGUUCACGGGCUCAGCCACAGCCACAGCAUGCCGCCAGCGUACAAGACCGCCGCGGAAGAUCUCAACAAGGAGGACGUCAUCUUCUUCUAAAGUCCGGUCUGGUGAAUGAAGAAUGGGGGGGGGGGAGAUAGUCGGUACCGUGUGUCCUGUGUGUUCUGAGGCGCCGCUGACACGGGACAGUGAGACGUUGGCGGUACGUUCAAACCCUGCAGGUGUUUCAGAGGGUUUAUGAGGUAAAAAUGUCUCUGUACUUUUCAGCACUCCGGUGGCCCAUGAAGAAAGAAAAAACGCUUUGUUUUUAAGUUUCUAUUUUAAUACUGUGUUUUGUUUCUUUAUUUAACUUUUGGUUUAGUUUCUUAACUCAAGAGGACAACAAGUACGAGGAGGAAACACUUGGCAAAAGAAAUGUGUAUAAAAAAAACGGUUUAAAUUAAGUUACACCAAUCCAAAGACAUUAGAGCAGAACGGGAUUUGGCUGAAAGAAGCGAUGUAAAAGAAAAGCGGUCGGCUGAUUCUUUUCUUUUUUUUUUUCUUUUACUGGAGACUGCGGUCAGCCUGGUUUUUAUUACAAGGUGAAAGUGACGUGCGGCCUUCACCAUCUGCUUCUACUGUACCAACAAGAAAUGCUCCACCAGAAACUCCCAGUGCAGGAACACUUUCUGCUCGAUGUUUCAUUUGCACAGUGUAAAUACUCAAUUCCAGACUAAUGAAUGAACUUUUGCGGACAAAUGUCUAUUGUUUUGGUGUCGAAAUAGCUGUUGUUGAUUUCAUUUGUCGUUCUUGUUCUUUCUUCACCAUGCUUCUCACACAUGGCGGACCUGUUGAAUUUACUGCUCGUUGUUGCAGCUGUUUGUGAAGCCUGAAGCUGACUUCUUUCCCGCGCUGUUUAAUUAUGCAUCAUUUCAAUGAAGGGAGACUUCGGUUUAUGCCAAAUUCUGCAUUCUGAGACCGACAAGUACAUACACGACAUACAUAUUUUCCCCAACUCUGACACAAUGAUCCUGACUCCACAUUCAAUUGAUUUUAUUUAGUACCAACAGCCUCAGAGGGCUUUACGGUCUGUACACAUACUUCUGCAGGCCAACAUGGACGUGAAGUCCUUAUUAUGCAAUUGAUGACAUCAUAGCUGGUCAAUGGAACAAACUCCAUCUGCUAGUCAAGAUCAUGGGAUUUAGUUGAAAGCCAUUUAGUGGAGAUGGAGUUGGGUUCAUAUUUAAUAACCUUUUUUAAAUCGCAUUUAUUUCAGACUCAUGUGUCAAUGAAUUUCCAAAACAUUCAUCCGUCAGAUCUCACAUCACCCAAACCCAGAACACGUCUUUAUGAUUUCGCACUAGAUGAUCCAGUAUAAUUAAAACUGUUAAUCACAACCCUAAACAGCUGAAGAUACACAGACCAUCCAGACAAAGGCAGCAAAGGCUUUUACUGUUUAAUGUUUGAUCUCUCCGUCUUCUGAAGUGGCUUCACUCGUUCUAUCAUUACACACUUGUCUGUCCUGUGAUUCCUCCAGAGACUCUCUGGACAAAUGUGGGCACAAAGCUCAAGCGAGUUAAAAUGUGUGUGUGUGUGUGUGUGUGUGUGUGUGUGUUUGUGUGUUUUUGGUCGCUUUGAAUCAAAACCCGGAUGAUCCAUUGGCGGUAUGUUGGAUUGAUUGCUGAUGACAUUUCACUAUCUGGCUCUUAAAUCUCUGCGGCUGACAGAACAGCAGAAAAACCACCGUCAGCUUUUCUUUAAAAAAUGUCAGGCUAUUUUUUUCCUCACAGAUGAAAUAUGGACAUGUCCAUGUGAUUGUCUUGUCUGUAGAUACAAGAGACGCCCUUCAAUCAUAAAGUAGUUGACACAACAACGUGUUUUAGUGUCUCUGGAGGGGAAAAAUGUCAGAAGAGCUUAUUCUCUUUGUUCAAUUAAGAUGUGAAGCUGUGAUGGAGUUUUAUGUAUAUUAUGUACAUUGUUGUACAUACUUAAUUUUAUCUUGCGCUCUGGCUUCCUUUAUACACACUGUUGUUGCAGGUGGCAUUUGACGUGCGUCCAGAUGCAGAAGUCAGCCAAAGGUUUCUUUCUGCGUGUGUGCACGUAGAACACGGCGCGCGUGCUCGUGGCGGUCUAAAGAAGCCGCACUCGGCCGCAGGGCGCUGGGACCGAUGACGAGGGCUUGUUUGUUUUAAUCCCCUGAUGUUUGUUGAUGUUGUAGCAUUUGAAGACGAGGUGCACCGGGCGACGUCUUUCUUCGGCAAUUCAUGAGUGAUGUUUUACCAGUGAUGUUCGUGUAGGAGUCUCACACGAAAGUCCCCGGCUUGUUGCAGUUGAGGAGACACUUUCCUUUCUGUGUCCUUUAUAUGAAGGAUAAAUAACUCUGCUGUCGGGUCAGAAGUGUUAUUACCUAUCAAACAUCCUCCAGAGAGUGUCCACAGCCGGUGUGUUUACGGUACACUGCAGGCCUGCUCAUAUUCUGCUUCAGGUCUCAUUUUCUGGCAUCUGUUGUUGUUUUCUAUCCUCUCGUGAUCUGAAUUCCCCGUAAUAGAAAGCAGAUCGUACGCAACCCAGGAACCCAGUGGGGUGUUGAAGGAGUUUUUUUUUUUUUUCAUCAUCAGGAUAUAAGCUCAUCUGAUACAGUUAUCCUAUUGAAACAAUGUUAACGUGCUCGCUGGUCCGCGUUGGAUGGAGACCUAUAAAAACAUAAAUAUUUUUCCAGACUUUGACACAAAGUCCUCAACUUUCAUCCAUAGACACGGUCUUCUUCAGCAAAGUUCAGGCAAUUCUUAACCUCCUGGCCAACGUGGACGAGAAGUCUUAAAAGUGCUGUUGAUGAAAUCCUCGGUUUAGGUGACCAAACUCACACACCUGCUAAUGGAGAGCACAGGGUUGAAAGCUCUGGGCGGCAGUUAAGAGGAGAACGACUUGGGGCUCUUUAGUCAAAAUAAUAUUUUCAGGCUUAAAAAUGACUUCAGGUUUGACUUGAUGAAGACAGGUGUUUGUUUUUCCUGUAAUUCCAAGUGUGUCUCCUUUUUACUUGUGAGAGUUAUCAGGCAGUCGGGAGGUAAGAGCACAGUAAGAGGUUGACGCUGCCUUGUUUUGUGUCGCUGUUUACAUCAACUCGAGUCUUAAAUGUUCUUUUGCUCUACUGAAAUGCUUAACCUCUUGGCUCAGUUUUAGAACGUCGAAGCCAAUCAGUCACAUCACUGUGUAUGCGUGUUUGUCUACCUGCUUCUAUUUGUGUGUGUGUGCGCGUGUGUGUGUUUGCGCUCUCCACCAAAAACACAGCGAAAACAUUCCUAACCGAUUUGUUUUUUUUCAUACACACACUUGCAUAUUGGACUUGUAAUGUGUAAAUAAUCAUAAACAUAUUGUAUUUCCUCAGCCAAUUUUACACUAGUCACUUUGGAUAGUAGCAUACUUGAAGGGGGAAAGGGGGGAUGUUUAUAAUGCUUAUUAUUGUCUGAGCUGUCUAAUGACGUUCGUAGCACACAGCAGAACUGAUUUUUGUACCGUUUUUAUUUUAUUCACUGCAAGACGUUAGGACGACCUGUGAACACAAACUGCUGCCUUAGAGAGUUUAGUAAUACAAAAAUAAAAAAAGUCUUGACAUUA